GAAUACAUAAAUCAAGCCUUCUCGUUUUGGCUCUUCCCUUCACUCCCCUUGCCAAAGCUCCCCAUUACCUGGUCUGCCGGUCAUAGGCUGAACAAACACUUUAGGUGUUCUGCCUCCGAAUGUAUACGCUCGACUUCACGAUCGACGACUCGAGCCCAUUGAUAUAUUAUGUUCCUCAGGAGAACGCUUGGUCUCAGAAGGAUCCUCAUAAUGAAAGAAGCGCUCCAAAUUACCAUAGCCAAACGCUUACAGUGACUUAUACGCGAAAUGCUACUGCAUCGUUCCUUUUUAACGGUACCUCCCUCACCAUCACCGGGGGUAGGCGACCUGGCUACGGAAAUUUCACUGUGACUAUCGACGGGUCCAUCUUUGAAUUGACUGCCGAUGAAGCAACGGAGCAGUACAAGCAAACCAUCUUCGAAACACACGAUUUGAAACAAGGUCUUCAUCAUGUCCGUCUCACGAACACGGAUACUCAGGGUCGUGGAUUCGACAUCGAUUCGGUAAGGACGUCGAAAAUUUCUUCGACACAGCUUCAUCCCCGAAACAUAAACCUUAUUGCCGGCCCCAUCUUCAUUCUUGACCAUGCGGAUGUUUAUGACUCAGGCGCUCAUAUAGUCUUUCUUGAAUAG